AUGGCGGCGGUGGCGGUGCUGCGGAAUGAGACACUCCAGGCUUUUCUCCAGGAUCGCACUCCGAACUCCUCUCCAGAGAACUGUAAGCACUCUCCGCUGGCUCUCCUGGCCGCCACUUGUAACCGGAUCGGACACCACCACGGGUCCGGCCACACGGACUUCCUCCAGGUCCAGUACGACCCCACGCUGGGCUCCCCCUCGCGUUUGUUUCACCCGUGGACCAGCGAGGGGAACCCGGGGAGCAACUCCACUUUCGGACUAUCCUCCAAACCCCAGCUCCUCCAGAGCUCCUUCAGCGGGCACCACGAGCUGCCCCUCACCCCCCCGGCGGACCCCUCGUACCCCUAUGACUUCUCCCCGGUGAAGAUGCUGCCUUGCUCCAUGCAGUCCCUGCAGGCCACCUGCCCCCCCACCUACGUCCCGGCGGUCAGCUACGCGACCCCAGCUCCCAUUCCGUCCGCGAUGUCAACUUUUGUCACGGGACCCUCCGGCCUUAUGCACCACCACCACCACCACCAGCACCACCACCAGCAGCAGAGACAGGUGUCCCCGAGCCCCGGGGAGGACAUCCCGUGGUGGAGCCUGCAGCAGGGGAACCACGUCAGCCACUCCGCCUCGCUGGGUCACCACCGCUUCCAGCUGCAGAGGGGACUGGUACUGGGACACACGGACUUCGCCCAGUACCAGACGCAGAUCGCCGCCCUCCUGCACACCAAGUCCCCGCUGGCGACUGCCCGGCGGUGCAGGAGGUGCAGGUGUCCCAACUGCACCUCCUCCACGUCCAGCGACGAGCCCGGCAAGAAGAAGCAGCACAUCUGCCACAUCCCGGGCUGCGGGAAGGUGUACGGGAAGACGUCCCACCUGAAGGCGCACCUGAGGUGGCACUCCGGGGAGAGGCCGUUCGUGUGCAACUGGCUCUUCUGCGGGAAGAGCUUCACCAGGUCGGACGAGCUGCAGAGACACCUGAGGACUCACACCGGGGAGAAACGCUUUGUGUGCCCGGACUGCUGCAAGAGGUUCAUGAGGAGUGACCACUUGGCCAAACACGUGAAAACGCACCAGAACAAAAAGGUCAAGUGCCACGACAAGACUCUGGACCACGUCAAAAGGGAGGACACGAGGAAUAUGUUGUAA